CUGGAUUUACCGCGGUCACAUUUCCAGGUUGUUGUUCGUACGCAUGAGUAGUGUGCGUUAAACAUAUUUUCUAUUUAUUGCGAUUAUUUAUUAAUUUAUUAAUAACCAUGAUAGUGUUAACGAAUGAGGGCAAUCCAAAUGCGUUAAAAUUCAUUAUCGCAGCUAAAUUGGUCCAGGAAAAUGUAACCGUGAAGAUAAUAUUACCGAAUGAAACGCCUUUAGGUCGGCUUCCUGUUCUUGAAUUGCCAACUGGAUCAAAAAUAUUUAGUACAAGUGCAGGAAUGCAGCUUUUAGCAGCUCCCUCAGAAGAAUAUGAAAUAAUGACUAAUAAGUGGCUAGAAUGGGAUGCUUCUGUGUUACAGCCUGCAAUAACAUAUUAUGGAACUGCAGGAUCAUAUAAAAUAGAUCUCCAAGAUUACUUAUUUGGUCUAUUAUAUGAAGUAGAUGAUGCAUUAAAAGAAAAAAUGUACUUAAUUAAGGAUAAAAAUGAUAUAUCGUUAGCAGACGCAUCUAUUUGGGUAUCCAUAUGGUCUACUAUAAUAGUUACCAAUAUUGGAAACAGAAUACUUAAAGAAUAUUCAUAUCUUAGUGAUUGGUUGAAAAAUAUAGAAUUACUGCCAAUUAUUCAGGACUCUUUGAAAGUAUUUCCAUUGAAAAGAGGUUUAAAUGCAAUUGCCAGUAUUCAAGCAGCAUCUUGGUUUCCAAUUAAUUCAACAAGAACCUCAGUAAUUGGACUUAAUUCAAUUAAAGAUAAAGAAGCUGAAGUAGUUAGCCAAGAAGAAAUGGAUAAAGCAAUGAUUAAUUGGAAUUCAUGUAAUUGUCCAAAUGUGAAAGAGACAUCGUAUCCUGUUCUACCAAAAAAAGGAGAAAGGAACAUCUUAAUUACAUCGGCGCUCCCUUAUGUAAAUAAUGUACCUCAUUUAGGCAAUAUUGUUGGUUGUGUUCUUUCUGCAGAUAUAUUUGCUAGGUAUUGUCGACAAAGAAAUUAUAAUACAUUAUAUAUUAGUGGUACUGACGAAUAUGGCACUGCUACUGAGGCCAAAGCAUUAGAAGAAAAAAUAACACCUCAAGAAAUAUGUGACAAGUUCUUUAGUAUCCAUAAUGAUAUUUAUCGUUGGUUUGGUAUUGGAUUUGAUUAUUUUGGACGUACUACGACAACUGAACAAACCGAAAUUGUGCAGUCCUUUUUCUUAAAAAUAAAAUCUCAAGGAUAUGUAUUGACAGACACAGUUGAUCAACUUCUUUGUGAAUCCUGUGAUCGAUUUUUAGCUGAUAGAUUUGUGGAAGGAAUUUGUCCUAGAUGUAAAUAUGAAGAUGCUCGUGGUGAUCAAUGCGAUGGUUGUGGUCAUUUAGUAAAUUCAACUGAGUUGAUAAAUCCUCGAUGUAAGAUGUGUAGCAAUAGACCUAUCAUUAAGAAAUCAAAACAAUUCUUUUUAGAUUUGCCUAAAUUGGAAGAAAGAUUAAAGGUAUGGUCUGCAAAAGUAGAAAAAGGAUGGUCGACCGUAGCUCGAGGAGUCACAAAGCCUUGGUUACGUGAUGGCCUUAAGCCACGUUGUAUAACUCGGGAUUUAAAAUGGGGUAUACCUGUACCAGUGGAGGGAUUUGAAAACAAAGUUUUUUAUGUUUGGUUCGAUGCUCCUUUUGGCUAUAUCAGUAUUACAAAAAGAUAUACCAAAGAGUAUGAACAAUGGUGGAAACCUAAUGGCGUUGAUAUUAGUUUGUGUCAAUUUAUGGCGAAAGAUAAUGUACCAUUUCAUACUAUAAUGUUCCCUGCCUAUUUAUUAGCAACUAAUGAAGACUAUACACUGUUAAAACAUUUGAUGGCUAUAGAAUACCUGAAUUAUGAGGAUACUAAAUUCUCGAAGUCCAGAGGUAUCGGAGUAUUUGGAACUGAUGCUAGAGAAACAGGCAUUCCAGCGGAUGUUUGGAGAUUUUAUCUCGCGUACAUUAGACCCGAAAAUCAAGAUUCGAAUUUUAAUUGGGCAGAUUUAGCAUCAAAAAAUAACAACGAGUUAUUAAAUAAUCUUGGAAACUUUAUUAAUAGGGCUCUUGUAUUUACGGAAAAGUUCUUUGAUUCUAAAAUACCACCGAUGGAACCCGAGGAAGAUGAUUUGACAUUACUGGCAUUGGCUCAACGUGAAUUGACGUCCUACAUAAAUGCACUUGAACAAGCUAAAUUAAGAGAUGGUAUAAAAUAUGUAUUAGCAAUUUCGAAGCAUGGCAAUCAGUAUAUGCAAUUGCAACAACCAUGGGUUAAAGUAAAGAGUGUAGAUGAUAAUGAUAAGAAGAAAGCUGGGACAAUAAUUGGAAUUUGUUGUAAUUUAACGUGUCUUUUAUCAGCUCUAUUAGCACCUUAUAUGCCUAAUACUUCUCGCGAAAUAAGAGGACAAUUAGGGUUGGACAAAACACAAUAUGGAUAUAUUCCAGAUGUCAUUAUGAAUAUGUUAUCUCCUGGACAUAAAAUUGGUAAAGUAUCACCACUCUUCACAAAGAUAGAAGAUCAAUUGAUUGAAGAAUUAAGGGAAAAAUAUGCCGGAAAACAAGAACCUAAUGGUGCUCAAUCGAAAACGAAUAAUGUCACUGAAAGUGUAGAAUCUUCAAAAGCUACUGCAGCCCAACGGGGUCAACUAGUCAAAGAGUUAGUAUAUAAUCAUGAUAAAAGUGUUCGACAGUCUCAUGUGGACAUUCUUAGUAGACUGCAAAAUAAACUAGCUGAUCGGAAACAAAAUACAGAUAAAUGUGAUAAUGCUCAAUCUGCCAAAAAUAAAAAAGUCGAACCAUUACACACUCUCGAGCAAAAUGGAGAUACUAGUACAGAUAUAACAUCUUUGGAAGCAGCUAUUGCAAAACAAGGCGAUCUAGUACGUAAACUAAAAGCACAAGAAGAAAAGAGCGUGUGGCAACCACAGGUAGACAUUUUAUUAAAAUUAAAAAAUCAAUUAGCCAGUCUGACUGGUGCAAAAAUUCCAGAUAAAAAGUCAAAGAAAAAAAAGUAAUUAAAAUCGCAAUAUAAAAUGUCUUUAUACUAAUUGAUAAAACUUGACUUCAAUUUUCUCUUAUCAUCUGAGCAUAAUUAUAAAGGUAUUAAAUAUUUUAUAUUUGCUUUUUAUGUUUUUUUUUUAAAUAUAACCAUUUCUACGAUAAAGAAUCUAUUAAAUCGUAUUUAUAUGAAAGGAUAUAUUAAAUAUCUUGCAUCAUUAAAAAAAUUGUCUAAUAUUAUCAUUGUAAUAUAAUAUUAAAGAAUGG